AUGCUCUCGCUCAAGUCCUCUGUUGUCCUGCUCCUUGCCCUCGCCGGAGCUGCCUCGGCUGCUCCCAAGCGCAAGAACACCGUCCCCCACAAGCCCGUCGUUGCUCCCACCAAGCCUGCCAUUCGCCAGAAGGGUAUCCACUACAAGGACGGCAUCUUCCCUGCCCCCAAGGUCGAGGAGAUUGCCGCUGCCUCGUCCAACGGCCUGACCUACUACGGCGGCCCGGUCAUCGCCAACAUCGACGUCCACCCCAUCUACUACGGCGGCAACGUCAACUACCAGAACGAGAUGGAUACCUUCUACGGUGCCAUCGUUGGCUCUCCCUACAUCAGCUGGCUCUCCGAGUACAACACCCCCACCCAGAACAUCGGCACCGGCACCUUCUCGGGCUCGAUCACCCAGAACUCUGGCCUCAGCACCUCCACCACCGAUGACAACAUCAAGACCUGGCUCCGCGGCCUUGUCCAGAGCGGUACCCUCAAGCCCACCACCAACACCUACUACCCCAUCCACUUUGCUCCUGGAUACUCCAUCUCCAUGGGCUCCGACUCGUCCUGUGUCCAGUUCUGCGCCUACCACGGCACCAUCGAUGUCUCCGACAUCAGCUCGACCAAGUACCUCUACUACGGUGUCAUGCCCGACCAGGGUGGCUCUUGCGCUGGUGGCUGCGGUAGCAACCCCUCGACUCUCAACAACCUCCAGUCCGUCUCGUCCCACGAACUCGUCGAGGCUCUGACCGAUGCCGCUGUCGGUGUCGCCACCGGCAGCACCAUUGCUGCUCCCAUUGCCUGGUACAAUGAGGCCAACGGCGAGAUCGGUGAUCUCUGCAAUGCCCAGCAGGCCACCGUCUACGGCACCGACGGCAAGAGCUAUAUCGUCCAGAAGCAGUGGUCCAACUCCCACAACGGCUGCUAUGCACCCACCGGUGUCCAGCCCUCGCAGUCCAGCGGCCCUGGACCGGUCGUCACCACCACCGGCCCCGCUCCUGUUGCCACCACCACAGAUCCCGCCCCUGUUGCCACCACCACCCCCGGUGACUUCAGCGCCAAGCCUAGCAAGGGUAGCUCCUGUGCUGGCGGUCCCAAGUUUGCCUGUGGCAACAAGAACGACGUUCUCCACUGCUUCCACGGCAACUGGGCCCAGCUGAAGGUCUGCUCCAGCGGCACCAGCUGCAUCGAGGAUUUCUACUACUGCGCGUAA